GGUGUGACAGGAAGGUUCUGCGUCAUGGCUCGGCCGGUUGGGUUUUUGCUGUGUCUGUGCCUCUCGCUGCUGUUUGUUGGUGCAAAGAACGUUGGGCAACGAGAAGAGCAGCAGAGCGAUGUCCACGAACCCCCCUCCGGUGUCAAACCGGAGCCUCUUUGGACCGAGAAGCAGCUCAGGAGGCCAGAUGACCCCCAUGCCCCUGAGAAGAGCCUCCCUCUUCCUGAGAUGGUGGAUCUGGACUUGGACCGUCACCAACGCCUGGCCCGUGGCGCAGACGAAGACGAGCAGCAGUCCACCUUCGGUCAUUCCUUCGAGAACGAAUGGGUGACGGUGCCUCAAGUCACCGAGUUCAGCAACACGAUGAAAGUAGAAGCUGAGAACGUCAGUCACAAAAAUGACCUCAAUAAAAACGCCUCCAGCUCUGACAGCGGCGUUUCAAGACCCUUUAACCCGUUCUACCCGCUGGUGGAGAGCUCGUACGUGGCCUACGUGGUCCUGUUCCUGGCCUGCCUGGUGCUGGCAGUGGGCGUGGUGGGAAACAUGGCGGUCAUGUGCAUCGUUUGGAACAACUACUACAUGAGGUCCUCCUGGAACUACCUGCUGGCCAGCAUGGCGUUCUGGGACUUCCUGGUUCUGGUUGUCUGCCUUCCGGUGGUGGUCCUCAACCACCUGUCCCACAGGAGGAUCCUCGGUGAUGUCACCUGCCGUAUGGUGCCAUACAUGGAGGUCUGGAGACCAGAGGUCUGUUCUACAGGACAGAGGUCUGGAGACCGCAGAGGUCUGGAGACUGCAGAGGUCUGGGGACCGCAGAGGUCUGUUCUACAGGACAGCGGUCUGGAGACUACAGAGGUCUGUUCUACAGGACAGCGGUCUGGAGACAACAGAGGUCUGGAGACCAGAGGUCUGUCCUACAGGAAAGAGGUCUGGAGACUACAGAGGUCUGGAGACCACAGAGAUCUGGAGACCACAGAGGUCUGGAGACCACAGAGGUCUGGAGACCAGAGGUCUGUCCUACAGGACAGCGGUCUGGAGACCACAGAGGUCUGGAGACCAGAGGUCUGUCCUACAGGACAGCGGUCUGGAGACCACAGAGGUCUGGAGACCAGAGGUCUGUUCUACAGGACAGAGGUCUCUGCAUGA